AAUUUUUACUAGAAACUAAACUUGACAGAUGUUUGACGUUUCGACUUUUACAACAACAAAUAUGUGUAAAAUGCAGUUUUUAAAAUAAACUGAAUUAAUUUUGAAAGUAUUAUGUAAUAUUGGGAAACGUUACAAUGAGUAACCCCCAACCAUCGUCCCGUAUAGCCCACAAUCCUACUUUUAAGCACAGUUUAAAUGAAAUCCUGCGAAUGCGAGAAUUAGGACUAAAAUCAUACAUUGGCUGUGACGACGAUAUUUAUGCUAAACUGUACAAUAAAAUUGAUUGCUAUUCUCUGGAGGGUAAACACAAUCCUGGAAAUAAGGGUGGAGGAAUUUUUAACUUGGAAUUUAGCCUUGAUGGAAAACUUCUAGUAGCUGCAUGUGAACACAGUUGUGUAUUAAUUUAUGAUGCCUCCACACAAAGGUUGAUAAAAACGAUGGAAAAAGCACACGAUAAUUGCGUAAAUUGUGUCAGAUUUCUGGAUGAUAGACAAUUCGCCACGUGUUCAGACGAUAACACUAUCAAACUGUGGGAUACUCGGAAUUUAAAAAAUGAGACGAAAACUUUACAUGGGCACUCAAAUUGGGUCAAGAAUAUCGAAUUCUCGGAACGUGAUAAUGUAAUGGUAACGUCAGCUUUUGAUGGGAGUAUUUAUGCUUGGGAUUUGAAAAGCCCAACUGAGAAUAGUAUGCUGUAUGAUAAAGUCUUCCUAAUGAAUGGCCUUAUGAGGACAAAAUUGUCUCCAGAUGGUUCAAAAAUGGUCAUAUCAACUACUAGUGGUUACAUGAUUAUUGUCCACGACCUUAAUUUAGCCACACUAGCUAACGAUUUCAGAUCAUUUAAGCCAGUUCUAUACCGUCUGAUGCAAAUGAGUGGUCAGAGCUUUCCCGCGGGGACUAUUUUUAAUUAUUUAUUUCUUCCAUCAAGGCGACGAAAUCGAGUCGAGUUUAUUGACGAUUUUACAAUAGAUGCGGAAGUUAUAAGUUCGUUACAAAUACAUCCCCACGGUUGGAACGCCGUUUCGAGAAGUUUGAGUGGGAACGAAAGUGAAGAGGCCACUUGUGUUCAUGAUAUUCAAAAACGCGAAGUCUUUAUGUUCCAAUACGAAAGCUGCGAUAAUUACGAUUUGGACGAAGGUGAAGCGUCUCAGAAUUCCGAUUCUGAUGAAGGCACCGCAAAUCCAAGACCGACAGAUCUCUGGAUGGGUUACAUCUCGAAUUAUCAGUAUACAAGUGAUAGACAAGCGCAGCCAAAUAUGUUUGAGAAUCUCCAAUUGCCCUCAAUGGGAAUUAUUAAUAGUGGACUGAUUGGUAGAAAUAGUUACAGUGAUUAUUUCCAACAACAUCCAGAAGAACGUAACAAAGUUAUAGUGAAUUUACCUCGUUUGACUCAUUAUAUUAAAGAAGAGAACGUUGGGAGAGGAUACAUCAAAGAGCUGUGUUACUCACCUGAUGGCCGAGUCAUCUGUUCUCCGUAUAAUAAAGGAAUUAGACUAUUAGGUUUCAGUGAGAAAUAUGAAGAACUGUCUUAUUGUGUGCCUGAAAAACCCAGACAAUUGACAACGCUGCUAGAACUGAACGAUUAUCACAGUCAAAUUGUUGUGUCUUGUAAAUUUAAUCCUAGGAAUUUUAUGUUGGUUAGCGGUUGCCUCAAUGGAGAGAUUGUGUGGUAUAAACCAGUUUUAUAAAUUUGUUAAAACUAAUUUUUCAAUAA